AUGUCCUCGUUCUCGGUCGCCCUCUUGGUCGCAGAGAUCUUGUAUUUGAAGAGUUGUGAACACUAUGCCGCAGAUCACCCAAUGCCACUGCAUCGCUUGCUCGCUCAGCGCAAAAGAUUGGCCGGCGUAGGCGACGGUCGUCGCGCCCAGCGUGAAUGCGACCACAGCUGCCAGAAGCGAACCCGUGUGGAAGGUUGCUUUGAAGUAGACGCACUUGAGAAGGACAGCAACGUGAAGAGAUUUCUAAAGAAUGGUGGCAUUGGAAGAGCUGAUUCGACCCGAGGGGAUAGGUCUCUAUGGCUUGUUAACUGGAUCUUCGGAAAUGGACGAAAGACGUCGUUGGUUCCCGACGCAGAAGAUCAGGAAGUUGAACCAAACCCAGAAGAGUACGGCUGGCAAGCGAGAAAUGAUAUAAGGAGUCUUGUAGGCCUGGGCUUACGUCGUGCUGAGGGUAAGGCCAGCGAAUAG